GCUGUGGCUCCGCGGAGUGUGCCGCGCUGGUGUGUGGCCAUGCGCGGGUCCUGCGCGGUGCUCCUGUCGCUCCUGCUGCUGGCGUCGCUGCCCGCCUUCAGCCCCGCGGGCGCGUCCCAGCGCUCCGGCGGCAGCAGGUCUGUGAGUCAAUUGUGUGUGGAAAAGUCACUAAUUUUCAGAAGUAAUACCCCUUAUUCUACAGACAUCGUUUCUGAUCCUGGUGGACAAGAUCCACUGUUCUGUGUGCAGUUGGAUGACCCAAAGCUGAACUAUUUUCAACAGCCACAGGAUAUCAAAGAAUCUGAUUUUGCGGAGUUCUUAGAGAAGUAUGGCAGGCACUCUUUCUUAGCACCAUCACAAGUUCAGCAAUCAUUCUCUGCUUUUUACCGCGCUGGUGAUCCAAUCCUCAUCUACUUUGAUUCAUCAUCUGUAUUGAGCGUGCUUAGACAGCCAAUACAAAUGGGAGCCAGUGGACUUUGUGUUGAUGGGAAUCCUGCUGGCUUCCUGGACAGUAAAAGCACAAGCUGUACUCGGAUUUUUGCCAACUUGAGCAAGAGCUGCAUGACUGACCCUGCCCUAGAUGCUGCUUCCUACUACCAUGACUUCACUGUGCUAAAGGUCCCAAUUAAUGACACCGUUAUGCCAUCCAUGAAGGUAAAUGUCACUGCAGUCUCACCACCUGGAGCUCCCCACAUGAAAGACAAUACAUGCAUCAAUGUUGUUUCUGAGGUGAUCUAUGAGAUAGAAUAUAGUGGCACAAGUGGGAUUCAGAGUGUUUCUGUCCAGUUCAAAGUCAUCAACAUCUCUGUGAAAUCCAGAUCCUCUCUGCAGCAGCACUUCACCAUGCACUUCUGGACCAGGACUCUUUCUCAUAUGUUGCCUAGAAGCGGAAACCCUGGCUAUAUCGCUGGAGCACCACUGUUGAUUGCAAACAGUGGUACCAAGCAACAUAUGAGCAUAUUAAGGAGUGAAAGUGAUGGAAUUUGUUCGCAAUGCCUCAGGCACACAGUACAGUUUGGAAGGAAUAUGAGAACAGGCUGCAAAAUCAGCCUAUCCCCAAUAUUGGAAGACAGUAACUGUAGUUACAUACAGCAGAAGUUAUACAAGGCUUUUCAGGGGAUGAACAGAACAGAAGACUUUGCUAUAACUGGCAGUGCUCAUUCAACCCAGGCAGAAGAGUGGAUGACCAUUCUGAUUGAGAACUGCAGUGUGGAGGCUGUGAAUUGCACUUCCUGUUGUAUGGUUCCUGUGACCCUGGAGAUACAGAUAUUGUGGACUAAAGUGGGCCUCCUGUCCAACCCACAAGCUCAAGUAGUGGGUACACGGCACUUUUACCAGUGUCAGCCCCUCAAGUUUCUAAAUACAAGCAUGGUACCUGUGACAACUAUUGUUACCUUCACUGACAUGACGGAUUGGCCAGAACCUCCACGAGGCCAGCCCCAAAUGCACUGGAAACUCCCAUUUGACAUCUUUUUUCCAUUCAAGGUAGCCCUGAAUGUAGAAAGAAUUUACAGAAGUGAUCUGGCUGGGUAUUUAUUGUUGAUUCUAAUAAUGUCUAGUAUUUUCUGCUUUUGAAAUAGAUGGAGUCUGUAUUUAAAGUGUGGUGAGUGAAUUGAUACAUUCAGGAUAUGACCCGAUGAUGGACUUUUGUCAUCAGGUUUUUAUACCAUUUCUGUGAUAUCUGUGUGCCUUCUGUUCUUGGAUUAAGCCAUGUGGGCUGCUUGUCCUCUCAUGUUCCUGUUCUUUGUAUGUGAACCAUCUGUGAACAUCAUUGCAGUGACACACUUGAGAAAUGUAGAGAUCCAGGGACAUUGCUUUAAUGAGGGACUAGGAAGAGAAUGUUAAAACUAUUAUUCCAUGUUACCAGAAACCAAGAAUGCUCUCUAAACCAGGGAGCAUGGAGAGAGAAGCAAAGUUCAAUCAAAGCAUUUUGGAGCUGCUUUCAGUUGGAGAAGCAUCUGAUUUUGGAGCCGCUUUCCUGUUGGAGAAGCAUUUGAUUUUUCUAUGUGAAACUAAUCGAACAUUUAAAAUACAGGAGCUCUCCCAGGUGGCCUGAAUUCUAUUUUGAGUAAGCAUGUGUGCCAGUCACCCCUAACCUGUCCUUGUUAGAUGACGAAAGCCGUGCCUGUGUAAGAUUUUUUGAAUCUUGCUUUUUUGGUGUCUUUUCAAAUACAGAUAUUCAAUUGAAAUUUUCAUGGUUUAAUCACUUUUUACAUUAGCAACACUGUUGCACAGAACAAAGUAAUUGUGAAUGCUCUGAAAUACAGUUGAAUUUUAGUGGUUUGUCAAAACAUCUUCCUAAUCUUUUUUUUCUCCCUGGAAAAUUUGUAGAUGUAUUGAGACUGAAGCUUGCUGCAAUGCCUUACCUCUGGCUCACUCUCUGGGACUAGGAAAUAAAUUUAUUGUUUUUGAAGUUAAAGGUGGUCUGAUUAUCUAGACUGCCCUCUACCAUCACACAGGAAAUCUGCUUAAUUGUUCCAGGAAGCUGUUGCAUGAAAGUAUAUUUUUUAGCAAAAGAUUUUAUUAUUUAUCUUCUUCAGAUGACGGAGAAAUCUGCCCCAUCUGAUGCCAAGUGCUCCAAUGGAAUCAAUAAAAGCCAAAAAUUUCAGAGCCUAGUUUUAAUAAAAUAUAUUUGUUGCUUUUGUACCUAUACUGCACAUAGCAACUCUGUUGCUUCUCCUCAUUACAAACUUUAAAAAGAAUACAAAAAUAAACUGAAAAACUAGUAAUUAGUCAGGAUAUCAAAGGAGAUAACACAAGUAAAACAAAACUACAACCGAUCUAAAAGCUUCUGGGUUAAUGUCACAUAUUUAUCUUUGUCCUUAUUUGCAUGGUUUAUUAGCUGGGAACGAAUUCUGUGCAAGUGUCUUCAGUGUCCGUUGAUUUCUAUUCUGGGGCAGCCCCACCAAGCUAGUGUGAACAUUCAGAGCUGUGUGCAUUCCAGUACUACA